UCCGAGUUUUGGACGUAUACAUCGCGAGUUGUAUUAUAAAAACAUUUAUCGAAAUGGACAGAGUUCAUGUUAGUUUGACAAUGAAUAUUAUUAUCAUGGCGUUUGAAAACUAAAAUGUACAUCGUUGAUAAACAGUUUAUUAGAUAAAAUGCGUCCGUGACAUGGGGAUAUCUCGAUCUUAUAAGUUAUCUGUUAAGUGUUAUCAUGCACGUCUAUUGUUGGAGUAUUGAGGUAUUGUUUUGUCAGUUCACGUGGUGCUAACGAACACACUAACUUGACUAUCUGAGCAACAUAACCGUAACUAAACUAAUAUAGUACAGUGUACAUGUACAAAUAUCAUUAGCACAUCUCCUAACAUUAUUUAUAAUCGAAAGUGCCCUUUGAAUUUGGAACUUUCACCUUGCAAGUUGCAGUUGUGUAAAUCUCCCAUUUUUAUUGUGUUAACUUUUUCUAUUUAUUUGUGAAACUGAGAUCAGUAGUAUUAUUAAAUUGCUGGUGCUUUCCUUAGAAAUAAUGUGAGAGAUGUUGUGACCAGAGUCAUAUUCAGAGCUGGGUGAAUUAAUUGAUAUAAUUGACUACAUUGGUGAUUACAUUGCAGUUUGUUUUUGCUGAAAAAUCAUAUGUAAAAAAUGGCUACAAAAUCAAAUGCAGUUGAUGAAGAGAAACAGCCUCUUUUGGGGAAAAAAAGUCAAACAAGAUCAGGCCAGAGCUAUGACACAACAAAUAAAAGAGAUAAUCACCAAACGUUGGACGAACCCAAGCCCAAAGUAUCCCUUAGAGCCCUUUUCCGCUACGCUUCUUUAUUGGACAAAUUUCUUAUUACCCUUGGAUCCUUGUUUGCCUUUGUUCAUGGGGCAGGAUGGCCAAUGCUGGCCUUGAUUUUUGGCGAAAUGACCAAUACUUUUGUACAGCAAGCCCAGUCAGGAUUUCUAGUGUCUGAGAAUCAAAGUUUAGAAUCUAUCAUUAGCUCAACUCUGCUUCCUCAGACUUUUCAAACAAUGGUGCCAGAUGUUUUACCAAAAACUAUCUUAAGAAGCAAGAGCACUCAACUUGCAUCCUCAACCAACAGAAGUCUCAUCACAACUGUAUUACCCAUUGAAUAUAAUACCUCAUUAUUUCAUAAAAAUUAUAGUGCCAUCUUUACUAACAGAUCUAUUCCUGUUACAGAAACCAUGAUUAUUUAUUUAGAUGAUUUGCAAACUUUAAAAAAUGUAAAUAGUUCACAAGAUCCACUUGUUCCUGAAUUCAACAAGACAGAUAAUUCUUCAAGUAAUAUCACCAGGUCAGCUGUAACUAGUUUACUUAAAGCAGUUAUGGCAACGUUUGCCCCAGGAGGAUUUUCAAGUUUUGAUUCAAUCCCUUCAGAUGUGUUUGAAUCUAUGAUGAACCAGUAUUCUCUCUAUUAUGUGUACAUUGGAAUAGCUGUAUUUGUUGCUUCUUAUUGCCAGAUUGUUUGUUGGAUGCUUGCAUGUGAACGACAAGUUUAUAGACUCCGCCAAGAAUUCUUCUAUGAAAUCAUGCGACAAGAAAUUGGCUGGUUUGACAAACACCAGAGUGGAGAACUCACAACAAGACUUAAUGAUGAUCUGGAAAGGAUACGAGAAGGGAUAGGUGACAAGUUCAGCAUGUUUAUUCAGUAUGCAGCCACGUUUCUUUCUGGAUUUAUUGUUGGUUUUUUUGUGGGUUGGGAGUUGACCCUUGUGAUCAUGUCACUAACUCCUUUGUUGGCCUUAUCUUCUGCCUUUAUGGGAAAGAUGAUUGCUUCUUCAUCGGCUAGAGAGCAGGAGAAGUAUGCACAAGCUGGCAGUGUGGCUGAAGAAGUUCUAGGAAAUAUCAGGACAGUAGCUGUAUUCAGAGGAGAAAAGAGAGAAGUUACUAGAUACACUGAAGCUUUAUUAGCUGGAAAGAAAGUAGCAAUGCGAAAAUACAUUUUCAUUUCCAUUGGUUUAGGCUUCACUUUUCUUGUGCUAUAUGGUUCAUAUGCUUUGGCUUUCUGGUAUGGAUCUAUUCUUAUAUUAAAUGGAAAUAUGGAUCCUGGUUCAGUGUUUACAGUUUUUUUUGCUGUAUUGAUUGGAUCUUUUUCCCUGGGUAAUGCUGUCCCUCAUCUAACAGCCAUAGCCACAGCUAAAGGCUCAGCAGGUGUUAUUUUCAACAUAGUUGAUAAUAAACCCAAAAUAGAUCCAUAUUCUGACAAAGGCAUCUUUCCACAGCAAAUGACACCUAGUAUUGAAUUUAGAAAAGUAAAUUUCACUUACCCAUGCCGAAAAUCUGUUCAGGUCUUAAAAGAUAUAUCUUUUACUAUAAAGGAAGGUCAGACAGUAGCUCUUUGUGGUUCCAGUGGCAGUGGAAAAUCUACAAUCAUCAGUUUAUUGCUAAGGUUCUAUGACCCACAGAAAGGAUCAAUAACUAUUGAUGGGUAUUCCCUGACAAAUCUAAAUGUCCGUUGGCUGCGAAGUAUCAUUGGUGUUGUGAAUCAAGAACCAAUACUUUUUGGAUGUAGCAUUGCUGAAAAUAUCAGAUAUGGUAGUGAUGAUACUACUUUCCAGGAGGUUAUUGAAGCUGCAAAGAUGGCAAAUGCCCAUGAAUUCAUUAUCAAUCUUCCAGAGGCAUAUGAUACUUUAGUUGGAGAUAGAGGAGCUCAGCUUUCAGGUGGUCAGAAGCAGAGAGUAGCCAUUGCAAGAGCACUUGUUCGUGACCCUAAGAUUUUACUACUAGAUGAGGCUACAUCUGCUUUGGAUGCUGAGAGUGAAGCUACAGUACAGAGAGCUUUGGACAAGGCUAGACAAGGAAGAACUACCAUCAUAGUUGCUCACCGCUUGUCCACCAUCAAAGAUGCUGAUGUAAUAUUUGCCAUGGAAAAUGGAGAGAUAAAGGAAAGUGGGACUCAUCAAGAACUUAUGGACAAGGAAGGGGUCUAUUACACUUUGGUGAUGAGCCAAAUGUUUACUGACCAGAGUGGUUAUUCUACAUCAGAACAAGCAGGAGAAUCUAGUCAAGCCCUGAAGAGACAAAGGAGCUUCCACAGAUCAGGAUCCAUUUCACGAGAUAGAGAAUUUAACAGACUUAUCAGUGAAGUUAAUGAGGAAGAAGUAGCAUUGCCUUCUGCCUUUCAGAUUUUAAAAUCAGCUGCACCAGAAUGGGCUUACAUAGUAGUGGCUGUGCUAGCUUCAAUUGUUGUGGGAGGAACUAUGCCUGCCUUUGCUGUCUUCUACAGUGAAAUAUUUGCAACUUUCACACUCGUUGGUGAUGACCUAAAAAAUGCUGCAUUCUUCUGGUCCAUGAUGUUCUUGGUGUUGGCUGCUGCCACAGGAUUGGGACAUUUCUUUAGAACCACAGGAACUGGAUUUGCUGGAGAAAAACUUACCAUGAGACUCCGGCAUCAAACAUUUAAAAAUAUCAUACGACAGAACAUUGGUUGGUUUGAUGAAGAAAAACAUUCAACUGGAAAAUUAAGCACAAGGCUUGCAACAGAUGUCCCUAUGGUGAAAACUGCUGCAGGUCACAGAAUAGGCACUGUGGUAUCAGCAGUGGUCACGCUUUUUACCAGCUUGGUGAUUGCUUUUGUUUUUGGGUGGAAGCUAGCCUUGGGACUGCUGGUGGUAGUGCCUAUUCUUUUGGUGGCUGGUGCUAUUCAGAUGAAGGUGUUGAAGGGCAACCAGAAACGUGAUUCAGAGUUGAUGGAAAAUGCUGGAAAUGUUGCAAGUGAAGGGCUGGAAAAUAUACGAACUGUCCAGGCCUUGACACAAGAACAAACCUUUUUUGAAAAAUAUGUAGGCCAUCUCUUGGUACCAUACAUGGAGAACAAGAAACAUGCCCAAGUUUAUGCCAUUGCCUUUGCCUUCUCUCAAGGGGUCAUGUUUCUUAUCUAUGCUGCAGCUUUCAGGCUUGGUUCAUAUUUGAUCACUAUUGGUGACAUGGAUGCUACUAAUGUUUACAGAGUAUUCUUCGCUAUGGCAUUCAGUGCUGUUUCUGUUGGCCAGUGGACUUCUUUUCUACCUGACUACACAAAGGCUCGUCUUUCUGCAGGACUUAUUUUUCACUUGAUUAAGAAAACACCAUCAAUUGACAUCUACUCCAAUGGUGGUGUUAGACCAAAAAUGCGAGGUGCAAUAACUUUUGAAGAUGUUCACUUCAGAUAUCCAUGUCGAAGAGAUGUGGCCGUUUUGCGAGGAAUUAACUUAAGUGUGCAACCUGGUCAGACUUUGGCUCUUGUUGGACCAAGUGGAUGUGGAAAAAGUACUAUCGUGUCAUUAAUAGAAAGGUUUUAUGACCCUCAGCAAGGCCAAAUAAAAGUGGACAGCUUUGACAUUCAAACCCUGAACUUGUCCUACCUGCGUAAACACAUUGCUGUGGUUAGUCAAGAACCUGUUCUCUUCAACUGUACAUUAGCUGAAAAUAUUAAGUAUGGAAUAGAAGACCUUGUUACACAACAGCAGAUUGAGAAUGCUGCUCAAGUAGCCAACAUUCACAAUUUUAUCAGAAGUCUACCUCAGGGAUACAAUACAAUGGUUGGAGAGCGAGGGACACAGCUAUCAGGUGGACAAAAACAAAGGAUUGCAAUUGCCCGAGCUCUUGUACGCAACCCUAAGAUUCUGCUUUUGGAUGAGGCAACAUCAGCCCUCGAUACUGAAAGUGAAAAGCUUGUACAAGAAGCAUUGGACCAAGCACAACAAGGUCGUACCUGCCUUGUCAUUGCCCACCGUCUAUCAACAAUCCAGGGAGCUGACUGUAUAGCUGUAAUUGACCGUGGGAAAGUUGUAGAGCAGGGCACUCAUGAACAAUUACUACUUAAAAAAGGUGUUUAUUAUCAUCUUACUAAACGACAGAGAAUCAUAAAGUGAUAAUCUGAGCAAAAUGGAAGUUUAAUUUUGAUAGACAAAAUAUGUAAGCUUUAUUGUAUACCUCAAAGAUUAGGACUUUCCUGAUUCUGUACGAAGUGGUGUGAGUCUUUUCUUAACAAGGGCAACUAAGCAAUAUGUUUUAGAAAUUUAUCUGGUCUUUUACCAAUCCUGGAAGUUAAUUUUUUUUAGAAAAUUUAGAGUGGGAUAUAAUUCACCAAUUUUUUCAUUUGUUUUUAUUUUUUCUAUCUUUCUAACUUGAAAUUAGUUUGAACAAAAUAUUUUUACGCUUUUGAUUCUUACAACCGAAUAUCCUAUUCAUGAUUACAAAUUAUAUUUCACGCUGUGAUGUACUUAAGUGAUAUAUAUGUAUUUCAUUACUGUGUAAUAAUAUGAAUAGCUUGUAUUAUUU